GCACAUUCCACUGAUGAUGUUGUUGCUACUUUGGAAAGUUCAGGGAGUAGAUGAUUAACUGAGCUAUUGCAAUGCUUUCGUUAACCCGUUUAAUUUGUGUUUUCCCAUUUUGAGUGGUUAGCAGCCCAGAUUCACGACCCUCAGUAUGGCAGCUCUGCGUGCAGCAAAACAAGCUUUGAGGAAAGAAAUCAAGAAGCGAGUGGCUGCAAUGAGUGAUGAAGAGAAACAUCGACAGUCUCGAGUUGUCUCACUAAAGUUGUUCAAACAUCCGAAAUACCUUUCCAGCCAGCGCGUCGCUGUCUUUCUGAGCAUGCACGAUGAGGUCCGCACAGAGGAAGUCCUUCAAGAUAUCUUCAAUAGAGGAAAAGUGUGCUUCAUCCCCAGAUACUUCAGCAACAGCAGUCAUAUGGACAUGCUACGUCUAAAUGACAUGAAGGACAUAAACAACCUGGCCCUGACGUCCUGGAACAUCCGGCAGCCGGGUGAUGAGGAAUGCAGGGAAGAGGCCUUGGCUACAGGAGGACUUGAUCUUAUACUGAUGCCUGGACUGGGGUUUGACAAGACCGGGAACAGACUUGGACGAGGAAAGGGUUUUUAUGACUCGUAUCUGGAGCGCUGCAGGAAGCAGCAGCAUGAAAAGCCGUACACCAUUGCCUUGGCUUUCAAGGAGCAGCUUUGUCCUCAAGUUCCAGUGGACAACCGUGAUGUCGUUAUUGAUGAAGUCCUCUAUGAUGAAGAGGAAUGAACAGAAACAAUCAACAUUUAAUUCAAUCAAGUUCAAAUGGAUUUUGACUGGUCCUAAGACAUUGAUCCUGUUUGUACAUUUGAACAAAGUGAAUUAAAUAUCCGUUCAAUCUUAGGGAAGGUUUGUAUGCAAUCGAUAUUCUGAAUUGAUGUCUAUGCUCAUUCAGAAAGGUUUAUAAGAGUAUUUUUUAAAGAGGAUUUGCCAAACUGUCCCAAUCGGAGACUCUCUUCUACCUGUAAAAUGUAACCAAAGAAAAGUGUCUGUGAAGAACCACAUCAGUCUACAACUCGGUUGGUAAUGUGACUUUCAGUGUUGGGGGUAACACAUUAUAAGUAAAGUGCAUAAUGUGUGGGUGCCUAAGCAGGAACAUUUUGAGUAAGAAACAAAAAUGGCAGGCCAGAGCUUGACAUUUUUGCGAUGGAAAUGUGCAAUUUCUAAAUGCAGAACAUCUCAGUCAUCAAAAACACCUGCAAGGCCUGUAAGAGAUCAGGCCUCAGCCAAGUAAGAAAAAGUAACUUAAAAGUAAUGUAAGUAUUACUUUUUCAUAAAAAGAAACGCAAUUAUGAACUUUAUUGGGGAGUAACUUAAUAUUGAGAUGCAUUACUUUUAAAAGUAACUUUCCCCAACCCUGGUGACUUUAGCUUCUGUAACUAUUAGGGGUGUCAAAAGCAUGCAAAAUAAAAGUUAGUUUUUGCCUAA